CGAAUCCGCUGGUUAGAAGCAAAGAAAGAGAAAAAGCCCAAGCUUCUUUCAUGGCGACAGCGGCAAUCGAGACACCGCAGCAGCAGCAAGCAGAUGAAAUCUGCUCCUCACCAGCAGCAGCAACAAAGAUGGUGAAGCAAGGAGAAGGGCUAAGGCAAUACUACCUUCAGCACAUUCACGAUCUUCAACUCCAAGUCCGUCAGAAGACUCACAAUCUCAAUCGUCUCGAAGCCCAGCGCAAUGAUCUCAAUUCUAAAGUGAGGAUGCUGAGAGAGGAAUUACAACUACUUCAAGAGCCCGGAUCGUACGUGGGUGAAGUGGUGAAGGUUAUGGGAAAAUCGAAGGUUUUAGUCAAGGUUCAUCCUGAAGGAAAAUAUGUUGUCGAUAUUGAUAAGAACAUUGAUAUAACAAAAAUCACGCCAUCCACUAGAGUUGCUCUUCGCAAUGAUAGCUACGUGCUCCACUUAAUAUUGCCUAGCAAAGUUGAUCCUUUGGUCAAUCUUAUGAAAGUGGAGAAGGUUCCUGAUUCUACAUAUGACAUGAUUGGUGGCCUUGACCAGCAAAUCAAAGAGAUAAAAGAGGUCAUUGAGCUUCCAAUCAAACAUCCUGAACUAUUUGAGAGUCUUGGAAUAGCUCAACCAAAGGGAGUCUUGCUUUAUGGGCCACCUGGUACGGGUAAAACUCUGCUGGCAAGAGCAGUGGCACAUCAUACGGACUGUACCUUCAUCAGAGUUUCUGGUUCUGAAUUGGUUCAGAAAUACAUUGGAGAGGGCUCUAGAAUGGUUAGAGAACUCUUUGUCAUGGCGAGGGAACAUGCCCCAUCCAUCAUCUUCAUGGAUGAGAUUGAUAGUAUUGGAUCUGCUCGUAUGGAAUCCGGGACUGGCAAUGGCGACAGUGAAGUUCAGCGAACUAUGCUUGAGCUUCUCAAUCAACUCGAUGGAUUUGAAGCAUCCAACAAGAUCAAGGUUCUGAUGGCUACAAAUCGCAUAGAUAUUCUCGAUCAAGCUCUCCUCCGUCCUGGCCGGAUUGACAGGAAGAUUGAGUUUCCAAAUCCCAACGAAGAGUCACGCCUGGACAUCUUAAAAAUACACUCAAGAAGAAUGAACUUAAUGCGUGGGAUUGACUUGAAGAAGAUUGCCGAAAAGAUGAAUGGUGCAUCCGGUGCAGAGCUCAAGGCGGUCUGCACGGAGGCCGGUAUGUUUGCUCUUAGGGAGAGAAGGGUUCACGUAACACAGGAGGAUUUCGAGAUGGCAGUGGCAAAGGUCAUGAAGAAGGAGACUGAGAAGAAUAUGUCCCUACGGAAGCUGUGGAAGUGAAUUGCUUCACUUGUUCUUUGGGAAUUGGAUUUGGAUGGUGUUAAAUUAUUUCUCAUGCUUGUAUUAAGUUCUUAACCGAGAAGCGCCUUUGACAAUAUUUUCUUUUUUAUUUUACACUUUGAAAUGUUAACUCACACACGAUUAGUUCAAAACAAAAGGUACAGUAAAGAUGA